CCUCAGAGCGAGCAAGACGUGGUGUGCCUGAGCUCCUGACCUUUUGGUUGAAAUACAUGCCUAAACCCGACGAAAAAGGCUGCCACCCACACUUAAAAGUGUCUUCCGGUCAGGGGAACCCAGGCAAGCUGCCUGAUACCUCACCCGUGUGCCUCUCCCACAGAGAGCCUGGGAACCUUGCUGCGGCCUACCUAGAACGGAGCUGAGAGGAAGCGGCCGAUCCUCUUGUGCUUCGGGUCGGGGUCUGGACCGGCGGCACUCCUACCCCCCCCCUCUCCCCUGGAGCGGCGGGGGUCAUCCCGGUCCUCCAACUCAGAGCCACGGCUGGUACUCACUAGCACAUCCAGACUACACUGCCUCACCUUUGGCGCUCCAAAAUGGCGGCAGCUUGUCCCGUGCAGCCUCGUGGCGAGUACCUCAAGCAAAGUAACACAUGACCCCACAACGGGCUCCCUGAGGAGACUAGACAACAUUUUUCAGCGCUUCUGGCUGAACCUGCAGCGCCGACUUUCCGCCACCUUAGUUACCCUCCGGCUGGGAGAAGGGGAGGCCUGGCAACAGCAGGUAAGGGAGCCUGCUCGCUCCCCGGCAUGUGCAGCGGCAGGGCUAUCGCAGGCUUCAGACCCCUAUGCACGCCGCCUGCCCAAGCCGAAAGCUUUCAAGGCGGCACACCGAAAACCCCGAGCACGCAAAAGACGGGCUGUCAAGAGCCGCAAGAGACUCACACAACAGACCCACAGCACCCAACGCCUUACCUCCCUGGGGAUGAGCCUGAACCCUGCCAGACAUCAAACUUCCAUGAGGUCAGGGUUUCGUAGCCGACAAAUCCGGAGCAGGAUAGAUCCUCAUCUAGCCUCCUGUACCCACAACCUCGCCGACUUCCCCUCUGGCUUGCAAAUCGGAUCAGCAACAGUCAGCAAUUCUUCCUAUGGUCUUCCACGUAUCGGCCAACAUCAUACGACACAAAGACCUGUGUCCAGGUACAACUCUAGGACAACAGAGACUAUUAAACCACAAAACAGAGAGACUGCUAAACAGGCCAGUGGAAGCCAGAGCCCUGCCGAGAUCUCUGAAUAUGGUCUAAAUGUUUCAGCAUUAAACAAAAAUGGAGGAACAGAAGGUGGUCAUCCUCGAAGGGGCCAAAUAAUAGAUUUUCGUGGUAUGAUUCAAGAUGCAAUCAAAGGAGCGUCAAAUGAAAUAGCUUUGAAUAGUCUAAAUUCUAAUCCCGAUCCAUCGGAACGUUUAAUUAAACCAGUGAGUGCAUUCAUCGGAGCAAACAGCGAGAUGCGUGAACUGGCUGCCGUCAUAAGUCGAGACAUAUAUCUCCAGAAUCCCAAUGUGAGAUGGGAUGAUAUCAUUGGUCUUGAUGCAGCCAAGAGACUGGUAAAAGAAGCCGUAGUCUAUCCUAUUAGGUACCCACAGCUGUUCACUGGAAUCCUCUCUCCUUGGAAAGGACUGUUACUGUAUGGACCUCCAGGUACUGGUAAAACAUUGCUGGCAAAGGCUGUGGCCACAGAAUGCAACACAACCUUCUUCAAUAUUUCAGCUUCUACCAUUGUCAGCAAAUGGAGAGGAGAUUCUGAGAAGCUGGUGCGGGUACUCUUUGAACUUGCCAGAUACCAUGCCCCGUCCACAAUUUUCUUGGAUGAACUGGAAUCUGUGAUGAGCCAGAGAGGGACAGGUCCUGGAGGUGAACAUGAAGGAAGUCGGCGGAUGAAGACUGAAUUACUGGUACAGAUGGAUGGCUUGUCUCGAUCUGAUGAUCUUGUAUUUGUUUUAGCCGCAUCCAAUCUGCCAUGGGAGCUAGACUAUGCCAUGCUAAGGCGUCUAGAGAAGCGGAUCCUGGUGGAUCUUCCCAGUAAGGAAGCUAGACAGGUGAUGAUCCAGCACUGGCUGCCUCCGGUCAGUAACUCUGGAGGAGUAGAACUGAGAACUAACCUGGAUUACAAUGCACUGGGAGAGGAGACUGAUGGUUACUCUGGAUCUGACAUUAAAUUGGUUUGUAAAGAAGCCGCAAUGAGACCGGUGAGAAAAAUCUUUGAUGCGCUUGAAAACCACCAGCCAGGUAAAAAAGAUUUGCCAGUUAUACACUUGGAUACAGUCACUACAUCUGACUUCCUGGAAGUGAUAGCCCACACCAAGCCUUCUGCAAAGAACUUAACCCCAAAAUACACAGCCUGGCAAAAGGAGUAUGAAUCUGUGUGAGGCCUUGUUACUAAACCUUGAAACCAUAACGAAUCAACUGCCUCUUACAAAACGUCUACUGGUGCCUGGACACUUAUAACUCAAGAUAAUAUCAUGCUGUAUGGAAAUAAUAUUAAAAACAAACAAACCAGUGUUUAGAUUGUGA